AUGACCAACCUCACGGCAGUAUCUGUCUUCCUCCUCCGGGGCUUCUCGGCUGACCCUGAGUUACAGCUGCUCAGCGCUGCCGCCUUCCUUCUCAUCUACCUGGCUGCGAUUCUGGCGAACAUCUCCAUCAUGGCCGCCGUGACACUCAACACCCGCCUGCACACGCCCAUGUACUUCUUCCUCAAACACCUCUCCCUGGUGGAUAUCUGCUCCAUAACCACUACUCUGCCCCGGGCCCUGGUGGCUACCAUGGUGGGCUCUGUGGAGAUUUCCCUCCCUGCAUGCGCAUCCCAGCUCUUUGCCUUUGUCUGCCUUGGGUCCACAGAGUGUUUUCUCAUCACCUCCAUGGCUUACGAUCGUUGUCUGGCCAUCUACAGGCCCCUGAUGUAUGGGAGAGCCAUGAGCCCCCGGACUUGCCUCUCCCUGAUGGUGGUAGCCUGGGGCAGCGGGAUCAUCUUCUCCACCUUCCACACAGCCAACACCUUCUCCCUGCCCUUCUGUGGCCCCAACACAAUUGACCACUUCUUCUGCGACAUCCCCCCACUCAUGCACCUGGCCUGUGCCAACGCAGAUGCCCAUGAGGCUGCUGGAUUUGCAGCCAGUGGCUGCAUCAUCAUGAGCUGCUUUGCCCUCACCGUCCUGUCCUACAUCCGCAUCUUGGCCACGGUGGUCCAGAUCCGCUCCUCGGCUGGCCGCUGGAAGGCCUUCUCCACGUGCUCUUCCCACCUGGCCACUGUGCUCCUGUUUUAUGGCACCGGCAGCUCUGCCUACAUGCAGCCCACCGCCCACUACUCCCCGCUGCAAGGGCGCAUGGCUGCUGUCUUCUACUCCAUCCUCACACCCACCCUGAACCCGCUUAUCUACAGCUUGAGGAACAAGGACAUGAAGGGAGCCCUGAGGAAGCUCUAUCUUCAGGCGCCAUCUUAG